AUGGUGGUGAAUUCCGUGCACUGGUUUCGUAAGGGCCUGCGGCUGCACGAUAAUCCGGCGCUGCUGGAGGCCCUGAGCGGGGCCGACUCGGUGCGGUGUGUUUACGUCCUGGACCCCUGGUUCGCCGGGGCGGCUAACGUCGGGAUCAACCGAUGGAGGUUUCUUCUGGAGUCUCUGGAGGACCUGGACAGCAGUCUGAAGAAGCUGAACUCCAGGCUGUUUGUGGUCAGAGGGCAGCCUACAGAUGUGUUUCCGAGGCUUUUUAAGGAGUGGAACGUGACCCGGCUUACCUUCGAGUUCGACCCGGAGCCGUACGGGAAGGAGCGGGACGCCGCCAUCAUCAAGAUGGCGCAGGAGUUCGGGGUGGAAACCGUCGUCAGGAACUCGCACACGCUCUACAGCCUGGACAGAUUUGCAGCAGGGCGUCCGAUUGGCCGCCGGGUCUGA